CUCUCCCAGCUCGUAACUAUGCUCCUCGCUGCCCUCCUCGCCACCUCAGGCGUUGCCGCGCAGGGCGCCAACAUCUUCGCGGGCGCUCCGAUGAACGAUAUCCGCGUGUCGGUUGACAAUGUUGUCCAGUGCGAGCAAGCGACGAUCUCCUGGACUGGUAACUCGGUGCCGGUCGAUGUCAAGAUCGGUCUCGGCGGCUACUACGUCGGCACCAACUGGAUUGCCGACCUCGGCAGCCAGACGGGCAGCAGCACCACCUGGACCGUGAACCAGGAGGCUGGCUCCGGCACCCUGAUUUUCCAGGUGACCGACUCGACCGGGGCUUUCAACUAUGUCCAGAACAUUGCGAUCGGGAGCUCGGACAAGACCUCGUGCCUCGGCGGUGGCGAC